AUGGCCUCUUCAUUUACGGGUUCAUUGCGUGUGUCUUUCAAAUUUCAAACUCUCAUCAGAAAUGCCUUAUUACUUGCCUCAUACUCUGCCGAAAAGAACACCUCAUUAUUAAUUGAACUAGUCAAAGCUAGGAUAAAGAUAACCUUCAAAGCGAAAGAAGGAGAGAUGGUGGUACAGUCUCCAUUGCUGCCAAAUCAUCAACAUCUUAGCGAUAUGCGAUGGCACACUCUGCUUUUUUAUCAGGAGGAACGUAGUUCGCUCUACAUGUUACUCGUGGACAACACAACAGUAGUUACUGAAAGUGAGCUGAUGCCAGAGCUGAACGGUGUCGUGACCAUAGGAGGCGCUCCCCCUUCAGCUCCACUCGUUCGAAGUGGAUUUCGCGGCUGUUUGGCUGGAUUUCGGCUCAAUGAUCAAGCUGUUGAUGUCUAUGAUGAUUCUGAGGACAAGAAGGAUGUAGUUCGAGGAUGCUCUGGUUAG